UUCUACAAUAGUAAGAGACCUAUUGGUCGGUUUUUGAAAUAAUCGAUUUCGAUUGGUCACUUCUGGGCCGGGAUUCUGUAACUCAUUAUCGAUAGUUUUCGGUAUCGUUAACUAGCGAUAGCCAAUGGCAAGGACGACCUUGGAGAAAAACGUGGCUCUCAUAGGUUGUCGCUAGUUACAGAAUCUCGGCCCUGAAGCCUUUGUGACCACGAGAAAUCGAUUCGCGAUCUCGAUCCGAGAAAUGUGUGGCCAAUCAACUUGCAGCUUUCCCAGCUAGAAGUAGAUCCAAGUGAACGAACCACGAUAGCUACACAUACUUUCUGGAACUGUUGAUGAAUUCAUUUCGACAGGCAAAUUUCCGGAAACGAGAGCGACCCUACAUAAAACAUCUGCAUAAAAAGAUAAGUAGUACACGAACAGAAAUAAAUUCCCAGUUGCCGCAAUUGAGUCAGAUUAUAAAAUUGAAUGAGAUCAUAGGACUGGCGAGACAGUUCGACGUUAUAGCUCUUGCAACAAUUCACUAUUCUUAGGUAUAACAUAUAAGAAUUGUUAAGGAAUUAUUACAAGGAAUCGAGCUAGACUGCAACGUCAUUUUAAUAGCUCUAAAAACAUUAAUAGCAAUGAGCAUAAUACAAGAAACACAAGAACGGUUAAGGAAAAUUAGCAAGUCAUGUGUACAAUAUUUUGAACUGAACAAUUUCCGAUCGAAAUCGCAGGUAACAUGGUGGUUACUGGUAGUACUUCCAAGGAAAAAUAUCAGAGAACGUUACUACUAUCGUUAUAUGGAACGUACAGAAGACCAGGCACAUACUAGAACUUUUAUUUCGUCUAGCAAUUUUGGAUAAGAUGCAGCUGAAACGUUUCUUUCUGCGAUAGAGGCAACUAGAGCAUAUCGUAACUUGUAUUCCAUUUCAAAGAAGGAACUUUGAUAUAUUAUAAACAUGUUGGAUUAUAAGCAGUAAUAUCAAAUAGGAGACGAUAGAGUUAACUGAGCCCUGCCAAAGACAUAAAAUAGGCGACACAGGAAAUACUGUAAAACCAUUUGAGGAAAUAGAAACGGACAUGCAGAAAUAUGUGAAAAAGAGUAGUCUAGAUUAUUACAUUAUAAAAUAUACUUAAAUGCGCAUUUCAUCAUAUCAAAUGAGCAAAUAGGACAAUUAUCGUGAGACAUGAUUUAUUUUUCAGUAAUGCGGUUGAAUCAAUGCUUAUUAUAGUUAAAGGAAACAUGUCUUAAAAAUUGGAAAUUCUGUUUCCUACUACUUUUUGAUAUAGAAGCAUGCAACAAUAUUAUUUAGUAAUAAAACAUUUUAUAACAUAAUAUUAUAUUCUAUAAUAUGUAGAAUUUAUAAUACAGUUGUUUAUAAUAUUAUAUUACUUAUGAAUGAAAAUAUCCAUAAAAUGUUUUGCAGGAAACAGGAAUUUGUAUAAGAGAUUGUAUUUUUAUAGGAUUUAUCUAUCUAAAUGCAACUGUAUGCAUAUUGUUAUAUAGGAUGUAUUUAUUAUAGCUAUACAAAUCUAUGAAAUAAUUUCUCUUUUAUUGACAUCAUUUUAUAUUUUUAAAAACUUCUUUUAUUAUGAUAUAAUUAAUCCCUUAUAUUACAGUAGUCUCUUUCUCUUAUAUAUUCUAUGACACAACAUGCCAAUAUAUUCAUGCAAUAUAUAAAAACGUUGAAAAAGGUAUCAUAUAAAAGUCAUAUAGAUACACAUUACCUCAUGAAUUGAAAAUAACUCUGGCUUGUAUUAUAAUUAUAUUCCGUAUGUUAGUAAUAGAUACAUGAUGCUUAUCAACCUAUUGUAUGUUGUUUUACAUUAUGUUCUGUAUUUGUAAUUCUAUUUUUAUACAUAAUAUUUUUAUUUUAUUAAUGUUUAUUUCUAAAGUAUACAUCUUAUUACCAGAAAGAAACUAUAUUUCCAAAUAAUAAUAUUCAACAAUAAAUUAUACAUAGUUUUAUUAGUAAAUGACGAAAUACUACUAAAACACAUAAUAGAUGAUGUUUUAAAAUUUAAAAUCUGAAGAAAUGCAUUCAGUUUAACACAAACACGUGAAAAUUAGUAAUAUAUCAAAUAUCAAUAUAUCCACAUAUUCGCGUAUAAAAAUGUUUCGAAUAAAAGUACAUGGGAAAGAUGUCUGAUAGGUACAUUAUUGAUUGAACUGUCACUUUCUUCAUUAUUUUAAUUUUACAAUAUUUUGCGUUACAAGGCAAGGAGUAUUGUAUAUCAAUAUCAUUGUUCCAUCGUUCGUUAUACAUGUUACUGCAGAUAAUUUUUUUCUAAAGAAAGAUCUAAAACUAAAUCAGAAGUUAACGUUUAAAAUAUAACGUUUCCGACAUAAGUCAGUUUCGAAUCUAACAUUGGACACUGUCGCGUACAUUGUUUUUGUAUAUUUAGAAAUUCAUGUAGCCCGUCGAAAACAAGUUUACAUGUUGUAUCUUCAGUCACAUGUUGGACACAGAGCAUUUCACGAAGAUCAGAAUUUAUCCCGUAGUAAUCUAAUUAGUUUUACAUCUAUCUAUUUAUUUUUCGAAUUGUGAAAUUUGCUGUAAUAAUGUUUCGUUAUUUGCGUUACAUGUACGAUGAAUACGUUAAACAGCCGUGGAGAAAUAGUGCUUCACUAGAAGAAGAUCCAAGUGGACGACGCAGGAUAGAUACAUACAUUGACCCACGCAUUCUGGAACCGUUGAAGAAUUCAUUUCAACAGGCAAAGUUGCGGAAGAAACUCUAUGAGUAUAAGAUGGGAAUAGGAAGUGAAUGCACAAAAAUAUAUUCCCAGUUGUCGCAGUUGAGUCAGACUAUAGAAUUGUGGAGCCAGUUCGAUGUUAUAGCUCUUGCAACAAUUUACUACAACUUAGGUGUAAUAUAUAAAGACUGUCGAUCGAUGAAAGAUACAAAAGAGUCUCUAUAUAACUUAUCAAAAUCUCGCGCAUUAUUACGAGGAAUCGAGCUAAACUGCACCGCCAUUGUAAUAGCUGUAAAAACUGUAAUAGCAAUGGGCGAAAUACAAGAAACAGAAACAAAGCAAUGGUUAACUGAAGCUAUCAAGUUAUGUUUACAAUAUAUUGCACGGGACAAUUUCCAAACAAAACCAAUUUACACAUAUUUGGCUGAUGUUUCUGAGAAAAGAGAUCUAAGAUGGGUAAUAAUAUUGUUAUAUGGGUAUAUGAUAAGGCGUAUGGGAAUGUUAUAUUGUCCUACUGGCGAGAUGGAUGAAUGGAUAAAAACCGUACAUGAGUUUUUAAACCACCGGGCAGGAAUUAUCAACUCUCCCAAUGAAACAUGUGAAUGGUCUAAUGCAGCAGUUACGAUAAGUACGUAUUUGAUAAAGAAGCAGCGCUUUACUGAAGCCAGAAAUUGUCUCACUGCAGCAGAAUAUAUGCUGAGGAGAAUAGAAGGAGAUCCGUCAGUUAACGUUACCGUCAUGAAGCUAAACGCAGAAGUUGCUGAUGCAUGGCUUACAUAUACAACCAACAUUAUGCGGGAGUCAGCUUCGCAGCUACAAAGGCUACAAGUUCAACAACAAGCAAGCUCUGUACCAAAUCAAGAGGAACCUCAAGAGUUACUAUUAUUUACGUCACUGAGUGAACACUUAGCAGAUAUUAAUAACAGAAUUACUGAUUCGUAUGUAUCGAAUAUGCAUGAUGCAGAUAGAAUUUCUUGCUUUGCAAUAGACAAAUAUUGGUUAGCUAGAAAUAUUUUCGUUAGAUUCGGCAACGAUGUCGGACAUCUCCAAACAGCUUUUAAAUAUGCUUUGACAUUUAAAUAUCUCACAUCUUUUACGACCGAUACGAAGGUACAAAUAAAAAUACAUGAGUCUCGAAAAAAGUUAUUACGUACUAUUUGCAAUGAAUAUGCACAGAAUAUGAUACAUGUACUAGAAGUUGUAUUUCAUCUUGGAGCCAUGUUAGAGAUGUGGAAAGAUGCGGCUGAAGCUAUUCAUUCUGUAAUAGCGGAAACUAGAUUAGAUUGUGACUUAUAUUCCACUUCAGAGGAGAAACUUCAGUAUAUUUUAAACCUGUUGGAUUAUUAUAAGCACUGGCUAGCAAAUAGGAGAUGCUAUUUCAUUUAAAAAGUCGAAUAACUAUUUCGUGUGUAGUAUUAAAUACAUAAUGUAAUAAUAUACUUUUGACUGAUUUGAUAUUAUUCAUAAUCUGUUACAUGCUUUUGUUUCCACCAAGUUGAUUUUUUAAAUUUCCAAAUGUUAAACUCAAUGGUAUGAAUUAAUGUAUUGAUUUAUGGAUAUUUAAAUUGUGACAAAUACCAAAUAUUAUAUAUGAUAUUAUACAUGUGAUAUUAAAAACUGACUUUUUUAUCAUUUUA